CAAAAAGUUGUCAGUUGAUUUCUCAGAGAGAGAGAGAGAGAGAGAGAGAGAGCGUGUGGUCGAGAGAGGAGAGCGUGUGGUGGAGAGAGGGAGAGAGAGAAUGGAAGUGUUGGAGAGAAAGAGAUAGCUAGGGUUUCGGAACUCGAACUCCCUGAAACUUCACCCUUUUUGCGUUCUCUGUCCGCCAUAAGAGUCUCUGGUUUCUUCAUCGCCGUUUGAUUUGUUGAAAACUUUCAAUCUCCGACUAGAGUUUCGGUUUUUUCGGUGAUACGACCGUUAGAUUUCUAAUAUCUUUCCCUUUCCGGCGAAAAUUCCCCUUUUUCCGGUGGUAUCACCGUUCGAUUCCCCUCAAAACUCCCUAUUGUCGGCAAAGAAGUUCCCAUUUUCCGGUGAUAUAUGGAACCUGCAAAACUCGUGUAAUCCCCUAUUUUGCAUCUACCGUGCUUUUUCAAGUCUAUUCUUUGAUCUGUUCAAUUUAAUCAGAUUCAAUUUUCUUUGAUAAUUUCGGUGUGCUUUAGGUACUUUGGAGUGUUAGAUACGCUUAAUUUUAUUAUUUUUUCUUUUUUUCUGUUCAAUUAUGGAUUUUGAGUUGCUUUCAAGUGUUGCCUAAUUUUGUUUCCUUAUUUGGAGAUUCUAUUUAUGGUAAACGAGGAGUCAAUAAUUGAUCAUAGAGGAAGAGAGACUUAGAAAAGCGUUUUUGUAAAUCAUUUGAUGAGCUUUGGAUUUGUCUAAUUAUAGUUGAAGUUAAUGUUUGGUUUGGAUUAGAUGUGCUCCUAAAUUUGGUUGAUCUAAUUGAUUAAAUGAAAUUAAUCAUCUCCUGAUACAGUAGUUUGCUACAACUGUCAGGAACCACUUUCUAUCCUCUGAUUUUCAGCUUUCAAUUAUAUAUAUAUAUUGCUCCAAUUCAGAGAACUCUUCACUCAUUCGUCAUAUAUAUAUUCUUCGAGUUCAUAGAAAUGGCUGUUUCUUUGACUCGUUUGUCGUGUUGGUUGUGGGGUGGGAAAGACAAAGAGCCUGUCUCUAAUGGGUCUUCCCUAAAUUCUUCUUCGGAUUGGGGUUUGGGUUUGAGGGAAUUGGAAAAUGUGAAAUUUCCUACUGUCAAGGGGGCGAAGAUUGCCGCCUCAUCAACCCGAAAGGUUAAGAGGAAAUGGCAAAGUAGGGAAGAGAGGAGAAUUGACAAGGAAUAUGAUGCUAUAUUGGUGCCAUCAGAUGGUGUUUGUUUGUCGGGGUCUGAAUCCGAUGACUCGGACUGGUCAAUUGGGUGGUCGGAACCACACGCCCCUGAUUUCCAGAGUGAUGAUGAGGCAGACAACAGUUUUGCAGUGCUGGUUCCUUGCUACAGGUAUGAUUGCAAGGAGAUGGAGGAGGGCCCAAAUACUCACUUCUCAAGUGUCAUCAAGAACCUCCCCAAUAAGUAUGCUGGCCUACGAUUUGUCAAUCAUGCUUAGUUCUGUUCUUUUGGGUUGGAUAUGCAGAUGGCAAGAAGUAUGCAGAGCAGUGGCUUUCUUCUCUUCCAUAGCGCUGAAGCAUACUGAUUGGUUACUGUACUAGUUCUGAGGCAAAUAUUUGAAUAGAGUUUGUUAUGAUAUAGAUUAGAUAUUUAGAAGGGGAAGAAAAAUAGUUAAAAUUUACCGACAAGAAAAAGAAGAAAGAAAAAAGAAAAUGAAAUUAAAACAAAGAAAGGUGCCUUCUUUCUCUACAAUCUGGCAAAAUUGUGGGUAAUGCUGUUAAUUGCGCCUUGGAGUACUAAUGACGGGGAAGAAGACAUAUAUCUUGAAGUUUUCAGCUCAUUAUGUUAGGUUCUUCAGGUUAUCAGGGUUAGGUUUGGGUCAAACCGUAACGUGAUCAGACUGCUUUACAUGUAAAAUGCAGAUUCUUUAUUGUAAAUACUGCGUCUGUGAAAUAUUUGAAGCAUGUUUGUGCUUCUGACUUCCAGCUGCUGUAAAUAAUUCUCUGCUUCUCUCAAGUUAUGAAAUCAAAGGCCAACCAGUUUAUUUCGUGU